UCAUAUUGGCAAUUAAAAUCAUUAGUAGUGGAUAAAUGUCCAUCAUUUAUUAAUGCUAUUCCAUCCAGUUUGAUGCUUGUUUUAAAAAGAAUGACAAGCUUGCAAGUGCGUGAUUGCGAGCCUUUGGAAGAAAUAUUUGAUCUUGAAGGGCUUGAGGCUGUGGAUUGCACUCAGGUGUUGCCUCGGCUAUGGCAUUUGGACUUGGUCAAUCUACCAAAGUUGAGGCAACUAUGGAAUAGAGAUCUCCAAGGAACAAUGUGCUUCAAUUCUCUAGGACAUCUCAGCCUUUAUAAAUGCAGCAACUUGAGACAUGCUUUUGUUCCAUCAAUGGCUCAAUGUCUUCCAAAUCUACAACAGAUGGAAAUAAAGGAGUGUGAUCAAAUGGAAGGAGUGAUCGCAGAUGAAGAAGGGCAGGGAAGAGCAGUGGAGGAGAUUACAUUCCCAAAUCUUUGGCAAAUAACUCUAGAAUGCUUGCCCAAUUUGACUAGUUUCCUCUUGUGGAAGAAUCAUAUGCUAGAAUGCCCUAUUUUAUCAAAGUUGAGCAUUGCCCAUUGCCCAAAGAUGAGAAGUCUAACUUGGCAAUCUUCAAUGGAGAUUGACAAUGGCACCCCUUCACUUUUCACUCCACAGGUACAAUGUCCCAAGCUUGAGUGGAUGGUUCUCUCCCAUAUGGACAAUUUAAGCAAAAUAUGGAGUGACGAUCCUCAAGAAACUCUCACUUUUGACAAUUUCAGAAAGUGCAGGUUCAGAAUUGUAAGAGGCUUGAAAAUGUGUUUCCGCAUUGGGUGGCUACAAGUCUAACCCAAUUUAAGGAACUUCAAGUGGAGUCAUGUGGGAUCGAGGAAAUAGUCGCUAGUGGGAAUGAGACUCCACAUUCCAAUACUACUCGAACUCUUUUCCCAAAACUAACCUCUCUAGUGUUACAUGAUAUGCCACAACUCAAGAACUUCUGCACCAACUUGCCCACUUUGAAUUGGCCAUUCUUGAAGGAAUUGCGAGUGACUCACUGUGAUAAAGCAAACAUGCUAUCUUUUGUAGCAUCUAUGAGCAAUUGGACUAAAAAAGAUUAUCAACAGGGCCUUUCAGACCAAGAAGCACACUCUUCAUUUGAGACGGUAUGAUUUCAGCUGCUCUCCCUCAGUUUCUAUUUUUU